GAAGUACCAACAUAUAUACGUACCCACAUUAUACGUUACUACGUUGUUGGAAUUUCACCAUAAAUGCAUUUACAUAUAUCCCAAGAGAUCGUGCGACUUUUCUGUAACUUGAUUUACGACGAGAGGUGUCGCGGAAUAUUCUAUCUCAGCAACUCGUUAAAGGAUACUCAAGGAAUAUGUUAUCAUCGUCUUGGCUAUUUCGAUAAAGUAAAGUAAUUCGUCCCUCGAAUUCUCUUGCAAUUUAGUCGAAUGAUGAUGUGCCAAUGUUUAUUUCUUCGAUCGUUCAACGAUACUUUACAUGUGCAUGUAUGCAUGCCAUACGAUACCGAGCAAAGCACGUUCGAGCUUUAUCGUGGUCCUUCGUUUGAGAGUAAAACAUUAAGAAAAAGGAGGUGAUAUUUUGUAUUCGUGUCAGCUUAUUUGGAACGUCCCGGAUAACGUAACGUGAGCGGGCUCGUGCCUUCUUGCACGCACUGUCCAAUUUCUUGCGUGAACAUGACGAAUGUGAAAGUAACCUUGAAUUGCGGAUCAUCUGCCCGGAUCGAUAAAUAUUUCGGUGAAAAAUACUUUCGGACUCAUUCGAUUCGAUGACAUUAAUCGAAGAGCCACCAAGACAACAACAACAGCCAAUCUUACUUUCUUCUUCGAUUACGAUCGAUUCGAUUUAAUUGUCGUCUUUGAUUACGUGAUUAACGAUUGAUCGGAGCCUUUAAUUAUUUCUCUUUUUUGUGGAAGACUUUCUUGUCGAAGUUGCGUCGAAGAUGUAGAACAAAGAUAAUCAAUCGCGAGAUCUUUUCUAUUCGUGUUGCGUGUUAUACAGGUAUUACACAUAUAAUUGAUCUAAUCCUUUCUCUUUCUUUCUUAUAAAGAGGACGUAUAAAUCAAUUAUUGCAAAAUAUGUGUUAUCUCUUGUUAGCAAUAAAUAUUUCCCACCUUUUGCAAAAGUCUCUUGCAAAAUACACACGCUAGAUAAUAGAUAAAGAUAGCGAGAUAGAUAAAAAUAGAGAAAGAGAGAAUGAGAUAGCACAUACGAUAGACUCAAGAGUUCUCUCUAGUUCGCGAUUACGCCAUUGGUUAAGGUGUCUUAGUUAUAUGGAUGAAAAGGUGAGAAGAAGAAGGGGAUUCGACGAGGUGAGAAUACGAUAAUCUCCCUCGUCGAUUCACUCGCAGUGUCACGACGCAUAUGGAUGUACACAGUGAGCCAUUACGACACCCACGAUGCUGCCAAGACAAAAGAGAAGGAGGAGCUCAAGGGAAGGAGAAGGAUAAGGUGAAGGAGGUGAAGAACACCGGUAGGAGCUUGCGAGACUCUUUGGAAUCCAGCUGUAGAUCCAUCGAUCACAAAUCGUAGCUCGCGUUCUACCUGCCGACGAGUCACGAUGCGAACGUUUGAUAUUUCUCAUUCUUCUUCAAAGUUUUGAGGUCGUUAAAGCGAUCGCAUUAUAAAAAAAAAAAAAUAAAAAACAAACAAAAUUCUUUUCGCACGGUUCUGACGAAAAGGAAGUAAUCACGCUGAGAACAUUUUAUUUUCUCUUUUAUUUUCAACGACAAAAUUGUUGUGAAACUAAAGCUCUUUGAUUGAGAAAAUAAAGGCAAGGAUAUAACGAGCGAGGUUUUUUAUUGCAUGACAAAUCUUUAAUAUAAGUGUGUGCUGGAUCAAGAAUAAAGAAAAUAGUGUCUUAACGAUCUCUGUCAGAGAUGAAUUAUCGUACGUUGAUCUUUUAAUUGUAAGAAGCGUUUGUUCUUUCACAUGGGUACUACCGUUUCUCGUAGACACAUGGCCCACGAUCUCUUUGCGAUACACGCUUUUACGAUAAUCAAUCAUCGUGCGUCAGCUCGAGCAUAAAUAAUAGCAUUCAUGAGUUUCGAGUAUGCGUACAAUUUUGUAUGUUUGCAACCAUCAACCGAUAUAUUUUGUGCUACCGUUUUUCAUAGAUUCAAUUUUAUCUAUUUUUUUUAAUCUUACAGUAUCGUCUAUUUUUCAUUGAUUAUUUUUUCCCUUGACAAAAAUAGUAUUUCGUAUGAAAGGUGACUAAGAACAUCGAUUAUUCGUAUGCAUAUAAUUCGGUACAUACACGAGAACGCAGAAGGAAAGGAAAAUAAUUGAUUGUAACAAGAGCCGAGUGAGUUUACAUAAAUAUUUUACAACUUUAAGGCCCAGCGUGUUGAACGUCGCGCCCUUGUAUUGAAAUUUGAUUACAAAUUUAUCUUUUAUUUGAUCGACAGACGUUAUUUAAUCUCGAUAGGUAAUUAAGAUUUACAUCGUUUGGCAAGACUCGCGUCGUUUAUCUUUUCCUCGGAAAAAUACGAGUCCGACCACGCAAAAGUUGUUCGCGUCAGUGUUGAAUAAUCGUACGGUCUUUCGGUGAAAACACACCACCACCGUAAACCAGCAGCAGCUGGCCUUUUAUGAGCAGCCACAAAACUCUGACCCGUGAUCGUUCUACAACCAUCAUUAUGCGGUGACAGGAAGAUUAAGAAAAAUGUCCCGAUGUCGGUGAUGACAGAAGAGAGAAGAAGGACCGUGCGUUACCAAAACGACGGUAGGUCGUUCUAAAAGAGCAUGCCGCGGUGGUUACUCGCCCUGGACGAACCAGCAUCCAACCCAUGCGGUAGCAUUGUUAUCGGCCACGAACCACGGGGGUACGAUCUCUCGACUUUCACGAAAUUCUCUUUUAUAGAGGAUUCAACUUGUGGAGGACGCAACGGCGACCUUGUAAAUUACGCGGCACCAUUCGAAAGCUUACGUAAUUUUACGAAGCAAAAUUCACUGCUAAAUGUUCCAAGGACGUUAAACUGUUGGACCGUAUCAGGGGAUGCUCGAACGCGAGAAAGUCCGUACCGGUGCCGCAAUCGCAACGGCCUUGACAGUUUCAACUGGGAACCGGAUCAUUCCAGACGGCGUCGUUUCAUCCCUACAAUUACCGAACGAUCGGUACGCCUGUAACCCCGAUAGCAUUUAUUCCCUAUCUAGAAACGAUCUUCACGAAGUCGAAUGGGUAGAACCUGAUUCGGUGGAUGCUGAAGUAUCGAGAUUAGUAGCUGGAUCCACGACAACGACGACAACGACGACGACGCGAAAUAAUCCAAGACGAUGUUGCAGAACUUCGACGAGUUCAGGCUACUCGAGCCAUUCGCCUCCUUUAUCAGCAGGUUCCUAUUCCUGUUACGCGUUUGCUGGACCUGGCCAGAGUAUUUUUCGAUCAACAGCUCCGCAAUCUAUGAAAGAUCAGCUCGGAGGAGGUCUUGCAGUGAUACACGAAGGCGAAGCAAUUCCACGUCCCAUUUGGCCGUCUGUCUUUACCAAUGUUCCGCAAGAAUUUUGUAUCCACGAUGACGGCAAAACCGAAUACGAUAGAAUGUACACGUGUUGCGGAUGUGGUUGCACGUAUACUUACUCGUGCUACGAUUGGAAUUACGGUCGAGCUACGGCUACGUCGGCACGCGAGAUUCUUCUAGAAUUAUCUAGGACAUUGAACUCCGUAAUAGAAGGUGAAACGACGAUGACACCCGAAGAGAUUUUGCAAAAUAUCUCGAAAACCGUGGCUCAAGGUAUAAGCUUGAAGAAGAAUAGUAUUUAUGAGUACGUAUGUUACAAUCCAGCAUGGUUGAAUGGGGGAAAGAACACGUCGUCUAUUCUGAGCAGUCAAAAUUCGUCUCAAUCUAUGGGAAAGGAUUCGUCGUCGUUGCAAAGUCGUGCGAAAAAUUCUUCAAGCUCGUCAUCGACGAGGGUAAAUCCAGUUAAUUCUAAAGUUUACGGUAGCACCCGUAAAUUUCACAAUUCGGCUUGGUCAACGUCUAGGUGUACCUGCGAACCAUCAAAUAAAAUCAUUGAAUCGUCAAGACGUGAAAAUGAUAGACAACGAUUGGAUAAGAAGACUCCUUCUUCCACUACGGAGAUUCAUUGUCAAAAACCAUUGGAUUUGUGUACCUGUAAAUGCUUUAAAGAAUCUAUUCAGCAAUCUAGAAGGAAGUUAAGUACUUGUACCAGUGUUCAUAUCGGAGAUAGCGGUAAACAGGCCAACGUCGUUGGACUAGGUGGUUUGAAACAAAAUCGAAAUGGUCUUGUUUCCGGUGAACCAGAAUACACGAUGCAGCUGGAGUCCAGUGACGGUGGUUCCUCGAACGAAGGGAUAGUCGUGCCAUCGACGAAAGGUACCUGGAAUCAUCGCGAUACGAGGGGAUUCGUCGGCGAUUUGGAUUUCACGUUGGAUGUCACGCGUGCCGAACGUUUGGGUCGAGCUAUUGCGAAAGCGAAAAGGAAUCGGCAAUGGUGCAGAAUUCUGACUACCUUAUUCGGACUAGUCUUCUUUGUUUUAAGUGUUGUCGUUGUCUCGUUGUCGGUUACAAGAGGCCGAAAAGUUUUUGGAAGUAUGUGAACACAACAAAUUGUUCUUUUUCUUUUUAUUUUGUAUUUUUUCUUCCCGUUGUUGAAGAACGAAAAUGUCUUGCGACUGAUACUUUUUGCUAAGUACGUAUAUAUUUUUCAGUACCUUAUACCAAUUAAGUCAAAUAAUAAUAAUAAAAGAAA